UAUGGAAGCAAAUCGCGUUGAUGAUUAUCUAAAAUUGGAAAAAAUUGGAGAAGGUACAUAUGGAGUCGUUUAUAAAGCAAAAAAUGUUAAAACAAAUACGCUUGUGGCUUUGAAAAAGCUUAGGAUUGAAAGUGAUGGCGAAGGUAUACCUGGAACUGCUAUAAGAGAAAUAUCAUUACUUAAAGAGAUGCAACAUGAAAAUAUCGUAAGUUUAAUUGACGUUUUGAUGGAAGAAAGUAGGUUGUAUUUGGUAUUUGAAUAUCUUAAAAUGGAUCUUAGAAGAUAUAUGGAAAAGUUUGAAGGUAAUUCAGGAAUGUCAAUGUCUUUAAUUCAGAGCUAUUUUCGUCAAAUUCUUACUGGUCUUAGUUAUUGUCACGAAAGAAGGAUUCUACAUAGGGAUUUGAAACCUCAAAAUCUUCUUAUAAACGAAACUGGAAUUAUUAAACUAGCUGAUUUUGGCUUGGCAAGAGCGUUUGGAAUACCAGUUCGAGUUUAUACUCAUGAAGUUGUUACACUAUGGUAUAGGGCUCCUGAAAUUCUAUUAGGUUCUCUCAGAUAUUCAAUUGGUCUUGAUGUAUGGUCGGCUGGUUGUAUAUUUGCCGAAAUGUGUAAUAAAAAGCCAUUAUUUCAAGGCGACUCCGAAAUUGAUCAAUUAUUAAGAAUCUUUAGAACUUUAAGUACACCUUCGAAUAAAAUUUGGCCCGGUGUUGAAGAAUUACCAGAAUAUAAAUCGCUAUUUCCAAAAUGGCGGGAAAACGUAUUAAAUGAAAAAUGCCCUAAUUUGGAUGAGAAUGGCUUAGAUUUGCUCAAAAAAAUGCUGACUUACGAUCCCGCUCAGAGAAUAACUUGUAGAACAGCAUUAAAACAUAUAUUCUUUCAAACUUCAUAUACGGAUUACGAAGAGAAACGAAAUUCAAAUCAAGAGAUUCAAUUAGAAGAAAUUUAA